UCUCAACUCUUCGUUGCAUGUGGCCUCGAUUCCUCUUUGCGCAUCCCGUCUCUUGCUCUUUUCUUUUCAGCUUCGUUUCUUCGUCGGUCUUUCUAAUUCGAUUAAAUGCCAUCUUAAGGGGCAUGAAGCCGAAGCUUUAGCGACCCUUCCACUGCAAUGCAUGUUGAGUAUUCAAAGUAUCUCAAUUUCAUCCUUUGCCCUCCCUCUACCUAGUCGUUCUCUAGACCAAAUUUUGGUGGUUUCAAUCGCCUCCUCCAGGAUCAAUCAGCCCGCACGCAGGCACAACCGAUUCAACGUUUCUGUCGAUUUCCCAGCAUGUUGCCUUCGGAUACGCCAUGGCAUAUGCACAUCAUGUGGAUAUCCGUUCAACUUUUCCCGUGCCCCCUUAGACUGUCCUCUCCACUCUAAAGUCCGUUUUUGUUUUCUUUUCCCGUCAUUCGAUCCCCAACUCCUCGUUUCUCUGACACGCUGUCUCAGUCAUGCAGCUCAAGAUCUCUUCUCCAAUCGCCCGGUCCAGGAAGCUACAAGAUUACCAUCUGCGACAAUCAUAGUCUUCCAGCCAACCCCGUCUCCUAGAUGCCUAGAUGCGGCCGCGACCAGGAGGGGGUGUGGGUGGGGAAGACACCAUCCUAGCAAACCAAGCUCAUCUUCUGCUGAGAAUGAGAUGCGAUGCCCAAACCUGCGAGGCAGAACCCCCUUCCACAGCUUCUGACCGGCUGCAGCUGGAAGGUCAGUAUCAGGUUUCGAUUGACCCAAACGAGAGGGAACAGAUUCUACUCAGUCCUACACCACAACC